GCAUCAACAAAUACAACUAAAACAUCAAUACUUGAGAAAUCUAUUAAUUAGAAAAUGAAGCUUUCUUGUGGUACAAGAUUCACGUUCUUGGUUCUCUUUCUAUUUGCAGCACAAUCAGUGGCUGUCUAUGCUGGUAGCUUCCAUAAAGACGUUCAGAUACAUUGGGGUGAUGGCCGAGGAAAGGUUCGGGACAGAGAUGGAAAGCUUCUUUCUCUCUCACUUGACAAAUCCUCUGGUUCGGGUUUUCAGUCCCAUCAAGAGUUUCUUUACGGUAGAGCCGAAGUUCAAAUGAAACUUGUCCCUGGUAACUCUGCUGGAACGGUCACAACGUUUUAUCUUAAAUCGCCUGGAACUACAUGGGAUGAGAUUGAUUUUGAGUUCUUGGGAAACAUUAGUGGUCAUCCAUAUACUCUCCAUACUAAUGUUUACACACGAGGCUCAGGAGACAAAGAACAACAGUUUCAUCUAUGGUUCGACCCAACAAAGAACUUUCACACUUACUGCAUCACAUGGAAUCCCCAAAGAAUUAUAGAGUUUAAGAACUCCGAGUCAAUGGGAGUUCCAUUCCCAAAGAACCAACCAAUGAGGCUCUACGCGAGUCUUUGGGAAGCCGAGCAUUGGGCCACAAGGGGAGGAUUGGAGAAAACAGAUUGGUCCAAAGCUCCUUUCACUGCUUUUUACAGAAACUACAAUGUGGAAGGAUGUGUUUGGGCUAAUGGAAGAUCAUUUUGCCCCGCGAAUGCUCCAUGGUUCACUCAAGUAGUUGACCCGGAAGGCCAGAAAAAAAUGAAAUGGGCACAGAGUAAGUACAUGGUCUACAAUUAUUGCACUGAUAAAAGAAGGUUUCCUCAAGGUGUUCCUAAAGUGUGCACUUAAAUUGUUGAUUCUUUAAAUAAGUUACGGGGUAUUGUCUUUGUAACUCGAAUGAGUUUUAUCUAUUAUUUUCAUUCAUUUGUUGCUCAUAUCAUGUGUCCGUGGUGUUUGUGUAGAUUUUUUUAAGUAAUAACAAAUAAUAAAUUAUGGAAACAAGAGUUUUGAUUACUAAAACUUGAUGAAAAAUUAGUUGAUUUCAGUAGAGUUGUAAAGUUCUUAAACAUUGAGAGAGGUUCAUUAACUACUUAUGUUACAAAUUUACAAUGAAGCAAAGAUAUAUUUGGUUAGGCUAAUGUGUUUUGUAACAAAUGUAUAUGAAUAAUUUGUUUGGUUCUAAAUAAUUGUGAGAUGAAACGGC